AUGUCAAGCAUCCGUGGCGGGGAUUUCAAUCAAAAGAUUGAUUAUGUAUUCAAAGUGGUUUUGAUUGGGGACUCAGCGGUUGGAAAAUCUCAGCUGCUUGCACGUUUCUCCCGUAACCAAUUCAGUUUGGAUUCGAAAGCCACGAUUGGUGUUGAAUUCCAGACUAAAACACUUGUUAUUGAUAACAAAACUGUUAAAGCGCAAAUUUGGGAUACAGCUGGACAAGAAAGGUAUAGGGCGGUGACUAGUGCAUACUACCGAGGAGCCGUAGGAGCGAUGUUAGUUUACAACAUGACCAAGCGUCAAUCAUUCGACAACAUGGCAAGGUGGCUAGAGGAAUUGAGGGGACAUGCAGAUAAGAAUAUCGUUGUAAUGCUCAUUGGCAACAAGUGUGACUUGGGGAACCUAAGAGCAGUCCCAACGGAAGAUGCACAAGAGUUUGCUCAAAGAGAGAGCCUGUUCUUCAUGGAGACAUCAGCUCUAGAAUCGACCAAUGUCGAAACUUCAUUUUUGACAAUUCUAACAGAGAUAUACAGAAUAAUGUGCAAGAAAACACUCUCUUCCAACGAUGAGUCAGAUGCCAAUGGCAGUGCGGGUCUUCUUAAGGGAACCCGGAUUAUUGUUCCCAAUCAGGAGCAAGAAACCCAAAAGAAAGGCGGCUGCUGUGGCGUAUCAUCCUAA